AUGAAAAUCAUAAAAAGUGUUCUAAAACAUUAUUUAUUAUUUCAGGGAACAGUGUUAAUUGAAGGAUUGAUUAUUGAUUUCAUGCCACAAUGUGGCUUGCAUUUAAUUUUGGCACAACAUAGAUAUCUUUGGAAAUUUUUAUUUGAUGUAGUAAAUAAGCGUUCACAAGAAAACCUUUUGUCUGAAGGAUUGAAAAAGAUUGGGUGUUCGUAUUUAGCAUUUCAACUUGAUUGUUAUUUUAAAAGCAAAAAGAAACAUUAUGAUGGAACAGAGAAUUUGAGAAUGAUUGGAAAUGAUUUCAAAAUCUUAGAAGCAAAUAUAGAUACUUUCCUUACUGUUUUUGUUGAGAAUCAAAGUGUUUCAUGGCAGUCUCAAAAAAGUCAAAAAUUAAGACAUAUCCUUCAACUUUACAAUGCAUGGGCUGAUUUGGCUCAGCACAUUUUUCAUUUUAAUUAUUAUAAUUUUAUAGUUAUUAGUAAUAAGGAUGUUUGUACCGUUCACCAUAAUCCUGAUUGA